AUAAAGAGAAUCAAAAUAAAUCUUCUAAUUCAAUCGGUUUGACAUGUUGUCAUGGCUGUUUAUCAUUCUCUUCUGAAUCAUACACAAUCACCACGUUUCAGUGACGUUGAGAUUUGGGAUGGGAGAUAGUAUUGACUUUUACCUACACACCAAAGAGUGUGGCAAUUUGUUACACGGCUGGGAAGAUUGGCAAAGCUCUAUUGAACGAGAAGGGGGGAGGGGGGAAACAGCGCAGCCGAGCACCAGCACAUGCAUGAUCUGCUCAGCAAUUCCCGCCUCCAGGAACUGAGCAAACGGUGAUUGGCGGCAAGAGAUCUUGUAUUGCACGGUGGCGGGUAAAAUGCAUGGCUGCAAAUAUGACAGCUUGAAGAAGUUUCGGGUGAUUUUACAGAUGCAAUGAAUAACCCGGGGGUGACAGCGGCCAGAAGUUGUGCAUGUGUAUAUAUAUACAUACACACACACACACCUCGGCUGCAGCAGCCCAGCCCCGCCCCGCCUGCGAGCGCCGGGGAAUGCUGGGACGCUCAGACCGAUGGCGGCGCGGACGCGGCGGGAGUGCGGCGCGUGAUUGCUGCACUGACAUCAGCGCGCGAGCAUCCGGUCGCCAGCCCGAGCCCCGGCCUCGCGCGCGCACUCCGUCAGUCAACCGGCGCAACCGGGUGGCCCGAGGCCGGACACACCGGACGAGCAACGGCGGCGCCGUCGUCGGCCGCCCAGCCAAGCCCUGCUACUUCCUGUACUGGAAGAAGGUUGGAUGACAGUCAUCUGUCAAGAACAAUGGAGGGUGGGGGAAAAGCUUAUCUUAACUGGCGGAAUGUUGGUCUUCAAUCAAGGCGACAUGUAAAGUGACAAAUCCGCGUGUGUCUACUGGAAAGUUUCGGCAGCAGAAGGUCUGUCAUCCAGUGUGGUAACAGAAAAGGUUUUCAAAGGAAUUUUAGCCACAACCACACAAAUUCCUGUGCCUUAAUUUGAAUUAUUCUAUGGGAUCUUUUGCAUCCACCUGAACAGGUAGAAGGAUCCUAUUUCUCUUGCAUUAUGGAUGAGCAGCCUCCACAACAGUUUGCUGGUCAUGUUGCCGUUUCUGCAUUUCAGUCACAGAAGCCUUUGCGUCCUGAUUUGGGCCUCAAUACACUGGGAAAUUUCCAAAUAGAGAAAAAGAUUGGCCGCGGACAGUUUAGUGAAGUAUAUAGAGCAUCAUGCCUACUAGAUGGGAUGCCUGUAGCUUUGAAGAAAGUCCAGAUAUUUGAAAUGAUGGAUGCCAAAGCUCGUCAAGAUUGCAUAAAAGAAAUAGAUCUCCUAAAGCAAUUAAACCAUCCAAAUGUAAUAAAAUAUCUUGCAUCAUUCAUUGAAGAUAAUGAGCUAAAUAUUGUACUGGAACUGGCAGAUGCUGGAGACCUUUCUAGAAUGAUUAAGCAUUUUAAGAAACAGAAGCGGCUGAUUCCAGAAAGAACAAUAUGGAAAUACUUUGUUCAACUCUGCAGUGCCUUGGAACAUAUGCAUUCUCGGCGUGUCAUGCACAGAGAUAUAAAACCAGCUAAUGUAUUCAUUACAGCAACUGGAGUAGUAAAGCUGGGAGACCUUGGACUGGGCAGGUUUUUUAGUUCGAAAACUACAGCAGCACAUUCUUUAGUGGGUACCCCAUACUACAUGUCCCCAGAGAGAAUACAUGAAAAUGGAUACAACUUCAAAUCUGACAUCUGGUCACUAGGUUGUCUGUUAUAUGAGAUGGCUGCUCUCCAAAGUCCAUUCUAUGGUGAUAAGAUGAACCUAUAUUCUCUCUGUAAAAAGAUCGAACAAUGUGAUUAUCCUCCUCUUCCUUCUGACCACUAUUCAGAAGAGCUUCGCCAAUUAGUAAAUAUCUGCAUUAAUCCGGAUCCAGAGAAGAGACCAGAUAUUGCCUAUGUGUAUGAGGUAGCUAAGCGCAUGCAUGCACUUUCUUCAGGAAGCUAAAGCAAAUCAUGCAUUGUGAAGACAGAAAAACAGAAGAUAUGAACAUAAAAUUUCAGUAUUUCUGUAUUCUAUCAUUAGUCUAUUAUUCUAUGUCUAUAGAUAGUUAUACAGAAUUUAGUGGUUCAAUGGAAUGAAAGUUAUACAUGCCCAGAUGAAUUCUUAAUGACAUGGUUCUGUUUGCUGAACUGCAUUUGUUUUAAUAAUUACAUCCUCUCAGUGGCCUUCAGUGUUUUAAUUUGUACACUGUUUCCAUUUCCACACUUGAUAUUUUGAAAAUAAAAUUGGUGUGCCUACAGAUUUUUUUACAAUCCUAAGUAAAUCUGUUUUCUGUAGGCCUGUUGGACCAGACUUUAUUGUGCCUUGUUAGAUAGCUCAUGCUUUUAUUUAUAGUAUUUACUACAUGCCUUAGCCUUUGCGGUAUUUUCUGUUGACCCCAGCUGCUUGGUGGCAUUGUAUGAAUUUGCAGCAAGUUUUGGUAUGUUAUGCAAAUCAACAUUUGGUUUGUAUGGACCAAAUUCUCAAUUGCUUCAAUGUUCCUUGUAAGUCACAUAAAUGCUAACCAAAACACUAUUAAAUGUUCAUUGACAUUUAUGGUUUCUAAAAGGUGCCUUCAUUUUUGUUUUAUUAAAGAAAGCUUGCAGAUUAAUGCAGUAAUUUUAAUUGCCCAUUGAUGUUGAACUACCAGGAAGAACAAUUAUUGUUCAGUUACAACUAUCUUGUGAAUUCAAACAUAUGCAGACAACCGUAUAAAUUGAUACCUUGAAGUUUGGCCGCUUUUGUUUUAGCUAUGACUAUGAGUACUUUUUCUCCUUGUGUUGUGACUUGUCAGAGUCUGUACUCAAGACCAGGUAAUCUGCUUACAGCACUGCACCACUGCAGUUCAGUGCCAGCUUGCCAUUAGAUGCACAAGAGUGGUUGAGAUCUAACUGAGAUUUGUAACUGAGCUGAGAAGGGGAAGUUCAACUUAUCUCUUAUUGAUUAGUGGUCUAUCAUAAUUUUGUCUUUAGUAUUUUCACAUUAAAAAGAAAACUUUUAUAGCUUCACUGCACCCCAGUCAUUUGAAUUUUACAAAUCUAUUUCUGCAAAGCUUUCACUGUGUACUUCGAUAAGUUCGACAGUGAUAGACAUUUAAAAGAAUGUCAUUUAUUAGUAUGGUGCCAAGCAAAUGUGACAAUUUUUAUUGAAUAGAAUAAUCAAUGAGGAACUGGGAUAGAGUCAUAAAAUCACAGGCCAGAUCUGGAGGAUUUAUUUUGAGAAUGCAGAACAUCCUAUGGUUGAAGAGUGACAUUCGUCAGUUAGAAAGGCUUUUACCCAUUACUGAAAUUUCUUACAAGGUAUGAUACUUAAUCAUGCAGACCAAAGAUGACUUAAUCUCAGCAAGUCCAGUUGUGGGGAUGUUACAAUUGACCGUGGUGUCUCUGAAUUAAGAAAGGAAAAUAAUUUGAGGUUUCUGCUCCAGAUCACUAUCCACAUUCAUAAUUCCAAAAUUCCCAGUCUGAAUUCACAAAUGAAAAUUAGCUGCUUAGACAAUAUAAAGUUGACAGAACUUGUGGAACAUUACUCAAAGCACUUGUCCCUUUAGGACACAAGGCAAAAAAAAAGCAUUGGAGAAUUUGAGAAGAUAAGAAAAGUCCUAAUUUGUGAAAUAGAAUUGCUACUACACAUUUUCUUCAAUAUUUUAGAAUUCAUUUGCAUAUAGAGAUGUUACUAUAUGUGGAAUAUGGUUUAAUAUAUUCACUGAUUAAAGUAGUACCUCUCCAAAAGUGAGCAUUUGCCAUCAAGCAUAGCCAUUGAGCAGUAACGAAGUUAAUUAAUUUGGGAUUUUGGUCCAAAUGAAAAUUUGUUGCGUUUUUAGUUCCAGGUCGUGAUUGGAAAAAAUAAGUUCUCUAAUUAAUAAAUGAUCUUGUAAUUAAUUUGAGUAGUCAGGUAUUGAGUGGAACAUGUAUCUAGUUUACAAACAUUUUAAUUCCUUUUUAUUUUUUUCCUCAUUGUUUAGAAAUUUUACAUGGAGUAGCUAAAACAUCACCCUCUGCAGGUUUUGGUGACUGAUAUUCCAUGUAUUGAAGCAAAAACAGUUUUACUUUUUAGUGAUCAUUUCCAGCCAAGAAGCAGCUUUUGUGUUGGGUAGUAUGAGCUGAUAGAAAAACAGGACAAUAUGGUACUGCAUUCAGUUUUAAAAAUAGGUGAUGUUAAUUUGAAAUUCUUUUACCUCUGCAGUUUUGGUAUCAAUUUAAUGGACACAGUUUGUCAUAAAACAUCCAUUUCUAAAUUCUUCCUAAAAUGCUGUACCAGUGUAGACUAUUUGUGCAAGUUAUUGCGUGGAUUUACAGAUGUCAUUUUUGCAAAUUAUUUGCUGCUUUAGAAAAAGAAAACAUGUUUAAAUUAAGCCUGUCCUAAUUUUCAAUGUGGAUUAUGCUGUUAAUAGAACCAGGUUCAAAUUGUUUCUAGAUUUGAAUAUUUUUGGGCAAGAAUUUUUGUAGGGGAAACCAGAUAAUGUGCCUUAUGUUUUACAGAGAUGUUAAAAUGCUUGUAUCUAAUUGUCAUUGAAUGCAUGCUGAUAAAGAAUAUACAUUAAAGAUUCCACUGCAGAAAUUUGUGGCUUUCCAGUAUAUUACAAGAAAAAUGCAUCUUUUGGUAAAAAAUUGUUUAAUCUGUUCAAUGGAAAUGACACCACUUUAUUACAAAUUCACAGGUUAGAUUUGAGGACGGAUUUUGCUUUUGUUUAAAUCUAUUCUUAUUUGUGCAAAAUUUUACAUGCUGCUUGUCCUUCAUCAACUUCCAGAUAAUUGGGGUGGUAUUGAUAAUAUUCUGGAAAUUGCUCUGCUUUUGUAAUUCUGUUGCAACCACUCUAGAAAGUAAUUACUACCUUUGAUAUAAUUGAAUAGCGGUGCAGUAGAUUGUGUGCAUGCACCUGCUCUUUUGUACCUGGAAUAAUAUUACUACCUGGUGAUUUUUCUUUACUUCUCUUAAUGAUAUUCAUCUUCUCUUUAAUUUGUUGUAUUUGCCCUGAACAUCAUUCUGAAACAUGGCUUAAUAUGAGUUACAAGAAAUACCUGAUAAGUCAUUAUCUGAUUGUAAUUGUUGAUCAGAUAAAUAUGGCAUAUUAAAUGGCUAGAGUUAAGUGACGUUGCUAUCAAUACAAGCUGGGUGUUUACACUGAGUCCUGUUAUAGCUAGUAAUUACUGAUAGAUAAUUUUCCAUCCAAUACAGUAACUAUUAAUCACUUUGUAAAAGCUUGAAUAGAUUUUAUUACCAAUUCAUGGAUUUUAUUAUCAUGGACUUUACAACUUAAAAGCUGCCAUUGUUAUUCUGACUAACAUAUUGCUAUUAUUACCAUAUGACUCUUUUUGCUGGAAUUUUAAAAAUUGAUACAAGAAACAAUCUCUGUAAUCUGUCAAAUAUUUGUAAUGGAAUUUAAUUGAGAUCUUAAAAAGCUGGCUUCCAGGUGUGUUUCAUAGUUGAUUUCUAUGAAUCUUUUGUAUUUUUGGUGUGUGAUUAUCUACAGCCAUGAUAAGGAGAGAUGUUCUUCCUUCCAAUUCUGAUAUGUUGUGUGUUGCCCCUCUUUCUGUGUGCCUCUGCAUGGAGUAGAACCCAUCUCUUGCAAGUCAAUAUGCACAAAAUAGUGAUCGGUAACCUAGAGUUUUCUUCUCACAAUCUUUCCUAAUGAUGAAAAUUGUUAGAAUUAUUCAUAACAUGGUUUAGGACUGUUAAGUUUAAACAUGUAGUUUGCUGUGAUGUAAAGUGUAUAAAUGCAUAAUUAAAAUGACUACUUUGUUGCAUAUUUGUAUCUGUAAAAGUAGAAUAUUUCAUGAUUGUUUAUCAGUAAGAGAAAAAAAAUUAAUUUUAAUUGGGAAAUGCACAGGUACAAAGUAAUGCACCCAGUGAGGUUAAACCAGUUUGAGUUUCUUGAUUUUGUGAAAUUUGCUUGAUCCCAUGUUUUAUUACUUAAAGAUUGCUGAUUUAAGUAAUGAAUCCUGCAUGUAUAAAUGCACAAUCCAGCACUGGGUGCUGGGAUAAUAAUGCUAGCUGAGGAGACAGUGUGUCUGUAUGUUGAAAAGUCACCUGUCAAUAUUUAAACACUUACUCCUUUUUCAUGUACUUGGUGUAAAGUUGUGCUUUAUUGCAUUUGGCUGAGACAUGAUACAAUAUAAAUACUUAAUAAUGCAUUUUUUUUUCAAUUUGAGUGUCUGAAUUCACAAACUUAAAUUGUGAAGUUACUCUAGGUCUUCUCAGAAAGAAGAUUAUUUUGUAAGCACACUGUUUAUUUAUACAGGGUAGCAUAUAGGCGUAGGAAUAAUUGUUUCUGACAGAUCAUUUUAAAGCAUAUACUGUGACUAUUAAAUACAUUUGCUUAUUCUGUGAAAUUGAAAAUCGAAUGACAUGACCUAAAAUGCACAAAUUAUCUGAGUUUUACUGAAAUCCUUCAGUGUUUCAGCAUUUUUUUUGAAUGUAUGGAAGGUUAAUUAUACCAUUGUACUUCUGCUUUGUUAAAUCCCAACAGUUCUUUAUGCCAGAGAUCCUGUCUGGUGGCACUAAUAGCUUUACUAUCUCAUUGCCACCUAGUGGUAGCACAGUAAUGUUGCACUUCCAAGACAACACUAACCAAAAAUGAAAAUCUGUUGUUUUUAACUGAAAGAAAUGUAUAUAUCAUUUGUAUACAUCCUAAAACAUUAGUUUACUUUGUUCAGUAUUGUUUUUCUGAUUUCUAAAUGCAGUUACUUAAUCAUUAAAAUUGGAACUUUUAUUCCACUUAUGGGCAUUGUUCAACCAAACUGAGUUUUGUUUUGUAUUAAAACGUAACUCAACUGAAUCACCAAGUGCACCUUACAACAAGUACCAGGUUCCAAACAAAAGAUCUUAUCCUCAUCAAAUGCCACCAAUCUGUAAUUCUUAACCUUGUUAUUUUGUCAGUUUUAUUA